CUCAUUUCGUUUGUCUCAUUCAUCUUAAUUGAUAUAUGUCUCAAAUCAAUCAACCUUAUUUCAUUUCGAUCCACAUCCCGUUUUCACAAAACAGAAAAUACAAAAGAUGAGGCCAUAUAGUGUGAUUCCUUCGCUUUUUCAGUUGACAAAUUGUAGGACCACUACCGUACUACUUCAUCAAAAUGUCAAAUAUUCACCAAAAAACAUUUACAAAUGUGAUAGUAAUAAAAAAGUUUGAUUCAGUGCCAAUAAUUGAUGCCUUUUAAUCCUUUCAAAUUAUUUAGUCGACCCCGAGUAAAUAAUACCAAAUUCUGGAACCCAAAUUUCUCAGGGCCAAUAUUACAAUUUACCACAAAAAUGUCUGGAUCACUCCACAAAGUUCCUAAAGUGGACAUUGAUAAAUCUGGAGUAUUCAAGUACAUCCUCCUGAAGGUUUAUGACCAAGAAGUUGAUGGAGUGGAACCUUCCACUAUUGUCUUAAGAGGAUAUAAGAGAUGCAACUAUCACUCUGAUAUAUAUGAUGAGGUACAAGGUAAAUUAAUCCCCUUUGAUUGUGAGCCUUGGGGUGGUGGUAGAAUAUCUCAUGAUCCAGACAAUAAGAAGAUACACAUCUAUGGAUACUCUCAGGCCUAUGGAAAGGCAGACCAUGAGGAGGCAGCCAAACUAAUCAAGAAUGCAUAUCCAGAUUACACAAUCACAAUCAGUGAUGAAGGAUACUAAUAAUUACUGAUGCAUGAUUUUUUUUGUACAUUUAUUAAAAUUAUAAAUUGUUUGUAAAAAGGGA